ACCACCAACCUGGUCAGCAGCACUCCCCAUCAGACCACAAAUCCACAGCAGCCAGCCCACAGCCGACGCCGGCCGGCCCCUCUAGCAGCCAUGAAGCAGUGGAAGUCCCUGGUGGCGCUCCACUCCUCGGCGCACUCCUGCUUCCCGCACCCGCCCUCGGCGCCGUCCCCGUGCCCGUCUCCCCCACGGGAUCCACCUCCUCCGCCGGCGCAGGAGGACAAGGAGAUCAAGCUUCAGGAGGCUGUGCGGCUGGUGGGGUGCGACGGGCGCGUGCUGACGUACCGGCGCCCCGUGACGGCGCGCGAGCUGAUGCAGCAGCACCCGUGCCACCUGGUGUGCCGCUCCGACGCGCUGCUCAUCGGGGAGAAGAUCCCGGCCGUGUCCCCUGGCGAGGAGCUGCAGCCAGGCCACGCAUACUUCCUCCUCCCGGCCCACCUCUUCCACUCCGUCCUCUCCUUCGUCUCCCUCGCCUCCUCCCUCCUCCUGCUCCUCUCCACCGCGGGGGGGAACGACAACAGCAACAGCAAGAAGAAGAAGCCCCAGCAGCAGCGGCCAUUCGAGCUCCUCCGCACCGACUCCGGCACCCUCCAGAUCAAGUUCUCCGACGACUUCCUCCUCGUCAACGACAACGACGACUCAAAGAACUCCGACGACUCCGAAGGUGAUGCGAAGGAGAAGAAGCCCGCGGUGCUGUGCGGGGACGAGAAGCUGGAGAAGGAGUACGAGGAGCUGGUCGGGUACGGCAAAGCCCGGCGGUGGGCGCCCAAGCUGGAGACCAUCGAGGAAGUGGCCGCAGCCGCCGCCUCUGACCCCGCGGACGACUCCUCCCGAGAGAUCGUCAGGAGGAAAGGGAGGGUGCUGCUGCCCUUCCUCGGGAGGCUCGGGAGCCGGCGGCGGCGGGAGUCGACGACGACCACCACGCUCGUCUGCGGCGGCAAUGGCGGCGCGGUGGCCUGCUCCGGCUAGCGUGUGAUUCGCGCCGGCCGGUCAGAUUAGUCUUCAGGGGGGGGGUAAUUAAUGUGUGUGUUUAGCAGACGGCGGGGCUGCCGGCGUCCUCAUUUGUAAUUACAGAACAAUUUUGGUGCUAAUUUGUACAUGGAUUUUCGUUCCUCAGACCUAGCAACGUGGUACACAACACAAGUUUUCCUCCUC